CUUGCCGGCCAGUACACGGGCGCACUCCGCGCACGAUUUAUCUAUCCGCGUAUCUCGCGUUGAACACGCGACGCGUUUUUGCGUACGUGUGUGGCGAGACUAUCGUCGCAUCACUUUUCGACACUUUCUUCGCGACAUUGACAUUCGUAUGACCGACAAAAAAGAACAGACUGAUCGCUCACCGAAUUGCACGAAAUCACGACACGCGCGCGGAACUGUCAAGCACUAGCGUGAAGCGUCGUGCGCUCCCGCGAUAGAAAAUCGAUAUGAGCACUGCGAGGUAUGACCUACCGCGCCUUACGUCAAUACGGAGCAAUCGAUGUGCACUGGCCGGCGAGGUCUCCGGCGGAUCUGACUCCAUUUUUCUUGUGGAGUACUGUGAAACAGUGAACAGUGAAUGCGUGAACAAUCGCGAGAAACGCGCUCGAUCGAAACAAUCGUUGCGCGAUGCACGGGGCUCCUUUGAUGUGCGAUGUCCCUGAGCGCGGAAAAAUUCAGCGCAUCGAUUGGAGAACUUUUGCUCUUCAUAACGCCGAAAUUACGACACCCUCGACAUUUUGCCAAAGGAACUUUCGUCUCAGAACAACGUCAGGAGUCUACCCUGAACCGGUUAUUCGCACAAGGCGCAUGUUCGACUACCAAUCGCCACCUCUAUUUCUGUAGACGUUGAGCGCGUGUGCCAGAGAGACUGACUGUUCAGUGCGGCUUAGACUUCAACCGGACGGAGUCUGGCCUACCACGUUCCCGGCAGUGACACAAAAUACCAAGAAUAGUUAUUGAAAAGUUACUAGAAACACAGUACCAUGUGUUAAAAGACAAGAAGCGAUUAUUUGCUUAGUUUGAAUCUGACCGCAGAACGAAACAAUCGCGCACGGAAAAAACUACCUUUAAAACGCAAACACUAGUCAAAUAUAUAAGUGGCCUAAAAAUAUUUUUUACAAGAAAAUAGUCUAUUUUGCUAGGCUAAAGUGUUAGUUAAAGUAUAAGUAGCUAAGUUCGUCUUUUAGUUUUAUAGACGAUCCUAAUUAAAGUAGUAAAACAGUGACAAUAUUGCGAAUUUAACAAAAACACACAACUAGCAAAAUGCAUUCCAUACGUGCUCAUCAGGCCUUGAGCAAACACAGAAGCGCGUUACACAUAUGGAAAAUCGCCACAAAAUACUUCGGUACAGAUGUGGAAUACAGACCGAUCAGAAGUGUCCUCGUCGCCAAUCGAGGGGAAAUUGCUAUUCGUGUAUUUCGUGCCUGCACGGAGCUCGGCAUUCGCUCCGUGGCGAUUUAUUCGGAGCAAGAUAAGAUGCAGAUGCACCGACAGAAAGCGGACGAAGGUUACUUAGUAGGUAGAGGCUUACCUCCUGUUCAAGCUUACCUCAACAUCCCGGAGAUUAUUCAAGUUGCCAAGGAGAAUGACGUCGAUGCUAUACAUCCUGGUUAUGGAUUUCUUUCGGAGAGAUCGGAUUUUGCUCAAGCAGUGACUGAUGCUGGCAUCAGAUUUAUCGGGCCUAGUCCUAAAGUCGUCCAGCAAAUGGGUGACAAGGUAGCUGCCAGACAAGCCGCGAUUGAAGCUGGAGUGCCUAUUGUUCCGGGAACAGAUGGACCAGUAACAACUUCUGAUGAAGCGUUGGAAUUCUGUAUGAAGCACGGGCUUCCGGUUAUCUUUAAGGCGGCGUAUGGAGGUGGAGGACGAGGUAUGAGAGUCGUAAAACAAAUGGAAGAAGUUCGCGAAAUGUUCGAUCGUGCAUCUUCAGAAGCGGCAGCUGCUUUUGGAAAUGGUGCAAUGUUUAUUGAGAAAUUCAUCGAGAGGCCACGACAUAUUGAAGUUCAAUUACUCGGGGAUAAUGCUGGCAAUGUUGUGCAUUUAUUUGAACGCGACUGUUCUGUGCAACGUCGUCAUCAAAAGGUCGUCGAGAUUGCGCCAGCUCCAUCAUUAUCGUCCAAGGUUCGCGAGAAAAUGACCGAAUACGCCGUCAAAUUGGCGAGACACGUUGGUUACUCGAAUGCCGGUACUGUCGAAUUUUUGGUCGACGAAUCCGGAAAUUUCUAUUUUAUUGAAGUCAAUGCCAGAUUACAAGUUGAACAUACAGUAACCGAGGAAAUAACCGGAAUCGAUCUCGUACAAUCUCAGAUUCGAAUCGCCGAAGGCAUGACGUUACGAGAGCUCGGUAUGACGCAGGAAAAAAUUGUGCCUCAAGGAUUCGCGAUCCAGUGUCGAGUAACCACGGAGGAUCCAGCUAAGAACUUCCAACCAGAUACCGGAAGAAUAGAAGUCUUCCGCUCCGGCGAGGGCAUGGGCAUCCGAUUAGACGGUGCCUCCGCAUUUGCUGGAGCUAUAAUCUCGCCGUAUUACGAUUCACUUCUCGUUAAGGUGAUCGCCCACGCCGGCGACCUUCAAUCAUCGUGCGCCAAGAUGAACCGAGCGCUCCGCGAGUUCCGUGUGCGCGGAGUAAAGACAAAUAUACCAUUUCUGCUAAAUGUUUUAGAAAAUCAAAAGUUCCUCAACGGUAUUGUCGACACAUACUUCAUCGAUGAGAACCCGCAGCUCUUUCGGCUGCAACCGAGCCAAAACCGAGCGCAAAAAUUGCUAAAUUACAUCGGUUCGGUCCUGGUGAACGGUCCGAGUACGCCGUUAGCUACUCAACUCAAACCGGCAGACAUCAAACCGCAUAUUCCGCAAAUUGCUUUAGACUUUGCUAAGCUUGCAGCUGCAGAAGAAACCAAUGAUCCCGAUGCACCAGACAUUCUGGAUCCUCCGAAAGGAUUCCGUCAUAUUUACAAAGAGCAAGGACCGGAAGCAUUCGCCAAGGCUAUCAGACAACACAAGGGUCUGCUUCUAAUGGACACUACGUUCCGUGACGCUCAUCAAUCCCUGCUGGCGACUCGUGUACGGUCGCAUGAUCUAAUGAUGAUCUCCCCAUUCGUCGCGCACAAAUUCAGCAAUCUCUACUCGCUAGAAAACUGGGGCGGCGCGACCUUCGAUGUAGCCUUGAGAUUCCUUCACGAGUGUCCCUGGGAAAGGCUAGAAGAUAUGCGUAAGGCUAUACCCAAUAUUCCAUUCCAAAUGCUGCUGAGAGGCGCUAACGCUGUCGGCUAUACGAACUAUCCCGACAACGUCGUUUUCAAGUUCUGCGACCUGGCUGUGAAAACCGGCAUGGACGUCUUCAGGGUAUUCGACUCGCUCAAUUACCUGCCGAAUCUUAUCUUAGGUAUGGAGGCCGCCGGAAAGGCCGGUGGUAUCGUUGAAGCGGCGAUUUCUUACACGGGCGAUGUGAGCAAUCCAAAUCGUACAAAAUACAACCUGAAAUAUUAUACAGAUCUAGCGGACGAGUUAGUCAAAGCGGGCACUCAUGUCCUAGCAAUCAAAGAUAUGGCUGGAUUACUUAAACCGAGAGCAGCCGAGUUGCUGAUCGAUGCGAUCAGACAGAAACAUCCGGAUGUACCUCUUCACAUACACACACACGAUACUGCUGGAGCUGGAGUGGCUUCUAUGUUGGCAUGUGCGAAGAGCGGCGCGGACGUUGUGGAUGUUGCCGUUGACAGCAUGUCCGGCAUGACCAGUCAACCUUCCAUGGGCGCAGUCGUUGCGUCUCUUCAGGGAACGGACAUUGACACAAAACUGGAUCUCUCUGACGUCUCCGAGUACUCUGCAUAUUGGGAACAAACGAGAACGCUUUAUGCGCCUUUCGAAUGCACAACAACGAUGAAAUCCGGAAACGCAGACGUCUACCUGAACGAAAUUCCUGGUGGCCAGUACACGAAUCUACAAUUUCAAGCUUUUUCACUUGGUCUGGGUGAAUUUUUCGAAGACGUGAAGAAGGCAUACAGAGAGGCCAAUCUUUUGCUCGGCGACAUCAUCAAAGUCACACCGAGCUCGAAGGUUGUCGGUGACCUGGCGCAAUUUAUGGUUCAGAAUAAACUGACCGCCGACGACGUUUUGAAAAAGGCAGAAGAAUUAUCGUUUCCUAAAUCGGUGGUCGAAUUUCUUCAAGGCGCUAUUGGUGAACCUUACGGAGGAUUCCCUGAGCCUUUCAGGUCAAAGGUCCUCAAAGACAUGCCGCGAGUACAAGGCAGACCAGGCGCGAGUUUAGCAUCCCUGGAUUUCAAUACCUUGAAGAAGGAGCUGCAAGAAUCUCAUCCGCACGUCACUGAAAAAGAUGUCAUGUCAGCUGCGCUUUAUCCUAAAGUGACGAAAGACUAUUUAAAUUUCAAAGAACAGUAUGGUCCGGUAGAUAAAUUGGAGACGCGAAUCUUCCUCACGGGACCUAAAGUGGGCGAGGUAUUCGAUGUCACCAUCGAGAAGGGCAAAACACUUGGUAUUAAAACUCUGGCGGUUGCCGAAGAUCUCACGGCGAACGGUGAACGCGAAGUGUUCUUCGAGAUGAAUGGCCAGUUGAGAUCUGUCUUCAUCAAAGAUAAAGAGGCUAUAAAGGAACUUCACGUACAUCCGAAAGCGGCGAAGGGUGACAGCAAUCAAUUGGGAGCACCGAUGCCCGGCGAAGUGAUCGACAUCAGGGUAAAAGUAGGCGACACUGUGGAGAAAGGUGCACCAUUAAUCGUACUGUCCGCUAUGAAGAUGGAGAUGGUCGUGCAGGCACCUAAAGCAGGAAAAAUCAAAAGUCUCGCCAUCAGUCAGGGCAUGAGAUUGGAAGGGGAUGAUCUCCUCCUGACAUUCGAGUAAACUCUCACGCCGAUGAGACCGAUCGUCUCUAGAAGUCAAUUCACAACUACUUUACGUAAAGACAUGAAAUAUUUAUUAUAGACAAUAUUUACUUUGAUAGUGCAUGUGGAAGCAAGAUCUUCAAAUGCUUUUGCUGACUUCGGGAUCCAGAUUUUCAUUGCAUGUUGUUAUAACAUUAUAUUAUUAGUGGUGAUUAUCUUGUCCAGAAUUAUCGAUCACUGUACAUUCAAAGUACAUUUAUAGUAAAUGCGAUACUUUAUUCAUGGGUUUCUGUCGCACACUGACAGACUUUUUUGAUAAUUUUAUUUCUUAGAUUAUAUGUAUAAGAUCACAUCUUAUACAGGAUGUUCGAAAAUUCAUAAUAUAGAUUCGUCUGUUGUAAAUAUCCGUUUAAUAUAAAUAUAGGUCUAUUUAGACACUAAGAUACAUUUAUUCAUUUUGUCACGCAAAAGAAAUUAUUUCUCCAAAGUAGAAUCUUUGCAGCUUUAUUUUGGAGUAUUUCGAACAUCCUGCAUGUAUCACUUGUAUAUGAUACAAGUAGCCAAUACAAUUAAUGUGAUACAAUCAAACGAAGCUGCCUAAGGAAUAUCAAUUACUACAAAAAAAAAUAUACAGCAGUCAUAUAAGUAAAAAAUUCGAUAAUAAAACUACCAUUUCGUGAUGCGACAAAUUCGUCGAGAUUUUUGUAUAACAAUCAAUCAAUUGGUGAAUGUAUCUGUGAAAAAUUCACAUUCGAUUAUACAAAAAAAAACAUUCGUUAUUCUUUUUUAUAUUUUUAAACAAAUCAAUGUAAGUAGUGUAGAUUUUUAAAAGUACAAACAAUCGCAAUCAACCUGAAAUAAAAUUAAUACGCUUAGAAUAUCAAAAAAUUGUCAGGUUUAGUUAUUUUCAGCGCAUCAAUAUUCAAAUGUACAUAUUUUAUUGCAAUAUAAACUGAUUAUCCCUGUUAUUGUUCAUCUCAUCUGUUCAUAAAUGUACAAAAAAAAAAAAAACGGAAAAAAGAUCAGGGGCAAGAUUCUAUAUUAAUUGUAGAAAAUGUAUAUUAAAUGUUCCUCGUAGCAAACAAUAUGCAUAUAAGUUCCUGAUAAUUUAAUUACGAUAUCGAACCAAGUCUUCACGAACAAUUUAGCAAAUCUAUGAAAAAAAAAGAUUUAUUCAAGGAACAAAGAUAAGAAUAUUUCUGAAGAGUCUUGUCUGUCUUCAAGAUCUCGAAUAUUCUAUAAGCAAUGUACUACAGAACAAUGCAAAAUUCUAUGUGCCUGUGUUACGAGAACAAAUAAUUAAUAUAUCUUACAAAUAAUAAAUUAAUAAAAUUAAUUAAUUCUAGCGAGACAUUUGGAUCGUUUUGGCCUCAUUCAAUAUUUAAUAUUUGAUUUUUUUCAAUUAAAUAAUAUAUACAUUUCGAAUUUUAGAUAAAUAUACACAACUACAUGUGUGCGAAAAUCCAUUAUUAUACUUUAUUAAUUGAAUAAUUAUUUUAUAUUUUAAU